CAUGUUGUUUUUUUAGUCGCGGCUGUUUGACGUUUGUCGCUUUCCUCCGUUGCGAAUAUAAUAUAUUACGUAGCUCAUUUUAAUACAAACGGAAUUGCGAGCGCAACGACGACAACAACAACAGUAGCACUAACCGUAAGCGCAGGGGCCAAAAAUUAGAUUGCGUUUGCGGCCGCAAAGAUUUGAUGACGUCGCAUACGCCGUCUUCUAGGGCGUAAAAAGCAAAGCAAACAAACGCGAAAAGCGAAACGUGUAAACGGCGUAGAAGCGAUAAACGCGACUCAAAUACGCAGCAGAUAAAAUACAAUACGCGAGAGGAGAAAAGUCACGGGAAUUAUUUUUCAUAUUCGGCGUCUGUUUGCGAGCGUAAACGUGUGUGCGUGGGCUUGUGCUUUUGCCAGUGUCGUGUGUGUUAAGUGCCAGUGUGUGUGUGUGUGUGAUUAAGAGGAUAAAAAGGAAUAGAACGGUAAAUGCAGCGCCGCAAAAAUGUGCAGCCUGACGCCAAACCACAUGGUAAACGUAACGCAGCAGCACCUACACGAUCUAUUGGAAACUUUCGAAAAAAAGUCCUUCGAGGCGGCGGCCUUUGAGGAAGGAACGGCGGAGUACGACAUCUCCAAGAAAUGCGAAUACCUGUUUAAGCUCGACUACAGCCUAAUUGAGCUGGAUAAUACGAACGGAUUGCUCAGUCCGCGAUAUCCUGGGCGAAUACUCAUCCCGGAAUAUGAGCACGGGCACAUGGCCAAGACGCUGGUACCGGGAAAUGGACUCUUCGGGCAAGUUGGUGGGGGAUUGGGAGGUGGAGGCUCCUCGGGAACAGCCACGGCCACGCCUCUGAACAGCAGUGCAGGAAGCACUGGAAGCGAGGGUGUGGGCAUCCAAGCCUUUGUGACCUUUGCCAAUCCCCUGCAGACGCAACAACAGCAUCCGCUUCAGCAACAUUAUCUCUCGCAGCAGAUGCAUCCCCUCCACGCGCAAUAUCCCUCCCAGCAGUCACAUCCACUCCAGCAGCAACAGCAGCAGCCAUCGCAACAGCAACCACAAAAUACGAUAUACGAAGAUCAGUAUGAUAUCCAGCGAAUGCGGGAAUUGGUAACGAUGGCCAAAUAUGCGAGAUGCCGUCAAAGAUUCGCCGUGCCUGUGAUCAUGUAUCGCGGAAAGUACAUAUGCCGCUCUGCCACGCUAUCCGUCAUGCCAGAAACCUAUGGCCGGAAGGUUGUGGACUAUGCCUACGACUGCCUGAGUGGCGGCAAUUACACCGCGCCAAACGGAGAAGAGAACGAUGCUGACUCCACGGACGAGUCGCUGAUCACCCACAUGCACGAUCAGGCGCAGUCGCAGUUCAGCUACGACGAAGUCAUCAAGAGUGACAUCCAACUGCUCCAUACGCUCAAUGUCUCAACCAUUGUGGACCUCAUGGUCGAAAACCGCAAGAUCAAAUACUUCAUGGCCGUUUCCUCGUCAGAGAAAGCGGAUCCCAACAAGCACUAUAAGAGCUUUAAUCUCCUAUCCCUGCCGUAUCCGGGCUGUGAGUUCUUCAAAAAGUUCCGGGACAAUAACUACAUGGCUCGCAACCUGCACUACAACUGGAAGCAAACGUUCAACGAUGCGAAUAUCAACAUUCCCAACAUGGGACCCGCUGCGGAUAUCGAUGUGGCGUGGUCGGAGUACCGGGAUUGGGAUCUAGUGGCCAUCACCCAAAACUAUUUGAGAGCCACACUGAAAUACGUGCAAGAGGAGAGCUCCGGCCUGCUGAUUCACUGCAUCAGCGGUUGGGAUCGCACGCCACUGUUUGUCUCUUUGGUCAGGCUGUCUCUGUGGGCAGAUGGACUCAUCCAUCAGUCGCUGAAUGCCAUGCAAAUGGCCUAUUUCACACUGGCUUACGACUGGUACCUGUUUGGCCAUCAACUGCCCGAUCGCCUGAAACGAGGCGAAGACAUCAUGUUCUUCUGCUUUCACGUGCUCAAGUUUAUCACGGACGAGGAGUUCAGCAUUGUGGAGCACCGCAAGCGCACCAAGACAUCCAGCAGCAGCGGCAGUAGUGUUAUAGUAAUCAAAUCCGACUGCUGCGACGAUGAACCGCUCAAGGAAGACUACAUCCUUUCGUUCGAUCAAGAUAGCAACGACAGCUACUCAAACUGUUCCAACUGUGAUAUGUCCAUAACAGAUAACUUCUAUGCCACGACGCCAGCGCAAGUCAAUCCGCUGACCAGCAGGUCGCCAAAUCCGAAGAGAUCUAGAACCAGUCCCAUUUCAGUGCCCGGAUCAAAUGCGCGGCAAAGACAGGAGUCUACAUCGUCCAAUGGUAGCUGGCAGGUGGUUACCGAUACGGGUUCAAUCGACUCCAUGAUGAACGGCAGCUACAUGAUGCGCUUUGUGGCGCAACAGGCAGCGGAUGGUGGCGGCUCCUCAAACAUUCCUUUAUGCAAUGGCGGCAAUGGUUACCACUGCAGCAUCAAUGCAGCAUCGAGUGGCAGUGGGAGCGGAAGUGGUAGCAGCAUCAGUAACGGCAGCUCGACGCACGGUUUCGCAAACGGUUCCUCCAAAGACGUAGGCGGCAGCACUAUGGCCAGCAAGCAAUGCAUUAACUUACGAAAGCAACGCCUGAAUGCAGUGCGCGCCAUUUUUAUACAAGCCUACGGCAAGACGAUUGGACUGAAAUUCAAGGAGGGUUCAUCCAUGAACCUAGCCACGUUCAUUGGGAACCUGGCGGACCAACUGUUUUGAGAAAGGAUUAGCAGCAAUGACCGUUUGUUAGAUUUCAUCAACAUUGUUUGUUUCUUGUUAAGUGCUGCGCUUUCAACCAACGACUGUAUUUAUAGACCUAUUAAAUUGCGUUCUUUAGUAACUGUUGAUGAUUGUGUAGUGUAACGGAUAACUGAUUACCGAUAAGCAUCGAAAGAACCAGGCGGAUCCAAGGCAGCGAGCAAACAAAAUCCCGUCGUCCUUCUGUCUCGGCUAACCCGCUCUCCUGUUCUCUAGGUUCUCCCGCUCCCCGCUCCUUGUUUGUUUAGUUAUUAGUUCUUCGAGAAUGCAAAGCAAGCGAAACAUAAAAUGCGAUUUGGAUUAUACAAUAGUUUUAAGUUGUAAUUUAUAGUAAUGUAUUUUUUAAUAAACUUAUGUGCAUUUUA